AUGAAGCUCCCUUACCUGGCUUUCAUAUUGGUCUUGCUGAGUGCUACCAUCGUCGCAGCAACCAGCAUUGCAGACGACGUCGUGCAUCGCUCAACGACGCAUAAAGAUCCCAAUAGCGCCGGUACCGUGGCCUUCGCAAGCACUUCGCGCCUCGCUCCUAGAGCAGGCAGAGACUGGAGGAGAAAGAUGAAGAUGAAGCUGAAGAACUGUGUCGCCUGCGGUGCUCCGCCCGAUAGCGGCAGCACUAGCAGUGGCGGCGGCGUCUUACCUUACCGGUCUGGCACCGGUGGCCGUUCUCCUCUCAUGUCCCACGGCGCCAGCACCAGUAGGAGCCGUCAUGCUUCUCCUGACAGGGCCGGUACCACGCGACAAGGCAGCCCUAGUUCUUCCAACACGGUGGCUUCCCCAGCGGCUGGGCAUAGUCAUUCGGGACCAGCCGAUUCGAUAACGGUUCGCCCUGAUAUGAGGCUGCCUCAUCGCGUGGAUCUGCGUCUAAUCGAGGGGGAAUAUGCAGUUCCCUUUGUCGUUUGCCCGGUUAAUGAGCAGCUGGGAGGUUCGGUCUCUGAGAUUGCCACCCCGGGUCUUCUUCUCGUGCGAGGCACCAUCACUUCCCCCGAAGUCUUUCCGUACGAGAGAGUUGCUUCCCACCACCACUACACUUGUGCUCAUGACGCCCUCGCUGCGCCCUACCGAGCAGCCGGGGCCAUGCGCCCGCAGUCUUUAGGAAACUUUGAGAAAUCUUCGGACGCCACUACGUACAAGCACGAUCAUCGGGUGGCGAUUCAUCUCUUCGGCCGGGCCAUAGAUGAGAUCGUCAGGCAUCUCGGCGACUGUGGGGAAGAAUCAGCCGGGCAAUUGCCGACUCAGGCCCAGCUGCCCCCCUCAGCCAUCGCGCCAUCAAAGCCGUGA